CUUUUCAUCAAGAAGUGAUGUAUCUAAUCAGUUAAUACCUUUCUUAUUAACUACUCUUCUCUUACUGCUGAAAGUCAACGACAACCAAUCUUGAUAAAUGGAGAUAGCAGAUCAUGACAGAGAGAUGAAUUGCUUGAACAUGGAAACUUUCAUGGUCAACUUCAUUCUUUUCUCUGCUUUCAUAGCAUUUCUAACAUUAUUGCUGUUGAAGGGAUCCUAAUCGGCCCAGAAGAAGCUACCUCCAUCCCCAUGGAAGUUGCCCAUAAUUGGACAUUUGCAUCAUUUGAAUGGUUCUCCACCCCACCAUGCUCUCAGAACAUUAUGCCAGAAAUAUGGUGCUCUGAUACACUUACAGCUGGGAGAAAUUCCUGCAAUCCAUAUAUCAUCGCCCCUAUUAGCCAAAGAGGUAAUGCGAACUCAAGAUGUUGCUUUUGCUAACCGGGCUGCAUUCUUGACAGGGAAAAUCAUGUGCUAUGACUGUACAGAUAUUGCUUGCGCUCCCUAUGGUGAGUACUGGAGACAAAUGCGCAAAAUCUGCACCUUGGAGCUCCUCAGUGCUAAAAAUGUCCGGUCAUACACCUGGAUCAGGCAGGAUGAAGCUUUAAAUCUCAUCAGAUCUAUUAAAGCUCUUGUAGGUAGUUCUACACCAAUUAAUUUGACAGAGAAAUUGGCCCAAUAUACUAGUUCCAUGGUGGUCAGGGCAGCAUUUGGCAAAGUUAGCAAAGAUGACCAGAAUGCAUUCUUAAAGCUUAUCAAGGAAUCAUUGCCUUUUGCCAGUGCCUUUGACAUUUCUGAUCUGUUCCCAUCUCUAAAGAUUCUCCAUCCUUUCCUUUCUAUCAAGGGUGAAGUGAUGGAGUUCCACCGAAAGCUGGACACUGUGUUGGACAACAUUAUCGAACAGUAUCUCAAUGACAACUUCCGGAGAUCAAAAGCCUCCUCUUCGGGUGAGCCCGGUAAUGAAGAUCUAAUCGAUGUUCUACUGAGAGUUAAGGAUAGCAGUGAAUUUCAACUUCCAAUUACAAAAAAUAACAUCAAAGCUGUGCUCCUGGAUGUAUUUACUUGGGGAACCGAAACUUCAUCAUCGACUGUUGAGUGGGCAAUGGCUGAGUUGAUUAGACAUCCUGAGGUAAUGGCUAAACUCCAGAAUGAGAUCAGGACAGCUCUCAGGGAGAAGGAAACAGUUGAAGAGGCUGACAUUCAAGAAUUGGGAUACUUAAAAUCAGUGGUUAAAGAAACUCUCAGGUUACACCCUCCAGUUCCACUCCUGGUUCCAAGAGAAAGCAGGGAACAAACUGAGAUUGAUGGUUAUAUCAUCCCUGCCAAAACCCGAGUCUUGGUUAAUGCCUGGGCGAUAGGAAGAGACCCUGAGUCUUGGGAUGAUCCAGAGAGUUUCAAACCAGAGAGAUUCGAGAAAAGUGACACAGAUUUCACAGGAAAUCAUCUCGAGCUUAUACCGUUUGGUGCUGGAAGAAGAAUGUGCCCAGGAAUAUCUUUUGGUCUCGCAAAUGUCUAUCUUCCACUGGCUCUUUUACUCUACCAUUUUGAUUGGAAACUUCCAAAUGGCCUUAAACCGAAGGAUCUAGACAUGGCAGAGACUGUCAGCAUAACUGCAUCACGAACAAAUCCACUUCUCUUGAUCGCAACACUGUAUGAACCUUCCCUUUAAUAGUACAGCCAAAACUCUCGCAAAAAUCUUUGGUGAAGUGAGAAAUCCUCGCAGCCAUGUACAAUGGCCGUUAAUAUCAUCUUCUUAUGAGUUUCAUUUGUGAUGAGAAUUGCUUUGCUUCACACAUAUGUAUCAUCUAUUUCCCUCUCGGAUUGCUAUAAGACUACAUGUGCACAUAAUGUCAUCAACUUGAAUGGCAAACUAGAAGAAUGAUACAUAUUCUCUAUGUUGGAGAAUAUGAUACUUCGCCCUUAUAUAGCUUAGUCGAUUUCUUAUCUUUUGAUAUGUGAUGAGUCCAUAUCCGUCACCCCCAGUGGACCGGCCCAUUACUCAGC